AUGGGCGAGCACCCCAGCCCGGGCCCCGCAGUGGCCGCCUGCGCCGAAGCGGAGCGCAUCGAGGAGCUGGAGCCGGGGCCGGAGGAGCGGCCGCCUGCCGCGCCAGAGGACCACUGGAAAGUCCUGUUUGAUCAGUUUGACCCUGGCAACACGGGCUUCAUCAGUACUGGCAGGUUCCGGAGCCUCCUGGAGAACCACAGCUCCGCGCUGGACCCCCACAAGAGAGAGGUGCUCCUGGCCCUCGCCGAUAGCCACGCCGACGGGCAGAUCUGCUACCAGGAUUUUGCCAACCUGAUGAGCAACAAGCGUUCCAACAGCUUCCGCCAGGCCAUCCUGCAGGGCAACCGCAGGCUCAGCAGCAAGGCCCUGCUGGAGGAGAAGGGGCUGAGCCUCUCGCAGCGGCUCAUCCGCCACGUGGCCUACGAGACCCUGCCCCGCGAGAUCGACCGCAAGUGGUACUACGACAGCUACACCUGCUGCCCUCCGCCCUGGUUCAUGAUCACGGUCACGCUGCUGGAGGUGGCCUUUUUCCUCUACAAUGGGGUGUCCCUGGACCAGUUUGUGCUGCAGGUCACCCAUCCUCGCUACCUGAAGAACUCGCUGGUUUACCACCCACAGCUCCGAGCGCAGGCAUGGCGCUACCUGACCUACAUCUUCAUGCAUGCCGGGAUCGAACACCUGGGACUCAACGUGGUGCUGCAGCUGCUGGUGGGGGUGCCCCUGGAGAUGGUGCACGGAGCCGCCCGCAUCGGGCUCGUCUACGUGGCUGGCGUGCUGGCAGGGUCCCUGGCCGUGUCUGUGGCUGACAUGACGGCGCCCGUCGUGGGCUCUUCUGGAGGGGUGUACGCGCUCGUGUCUGCCCAUCUGGCCAACAUCGUCAUGAACUGGUCCGGCAUGAAGUGCCAGUUCAAGCUGCUGCGGAUGGCUGUGGCCUUGAUCUGUAAUCACUGCCGCCUCAGGCAGAUGCCGUGUUUAUCCUGUGGCCUCCUCUUGAGCACUGCCUCCCACCCGAGGGGAUCUGUACGCUGACUUCAUCUCUGAACCAAAAUGCAGCAGUGAAGAACUGGCCUUGUGACCCUGGGCAAGCCACUCAACCUUGCUGAGUUUAUUUCCCCAUCUGAACAUGGAAGUAAGAGCGUCUGCUGCACCCCCGCUUGGUUGGGAAAAUUGCAUUGAAGUUUGGGAAAACACUUCGCAAACUUCAAAGUGUCCUGUGAAAUCACUCUUCUCUUCCAAGUACAAAACUAAAGUACACUUGGGUGCCAGAGCCUCUGCCACUCCACUGGUUCUGUUCCCCAUUUGUGUGGGAGGCCCAGUGCUUGGGCUGCGAGAGAAGCAAGACUGCCGGUGCGGCAAGAGCUGAUCUUCUGGAGUUGCUUGUCACUUCUCACACUGAACUCAGAAAUACAAACUCAGGACACAGCACAUUUUUAUACGUACCUCAGCU